AAGACAGACAUCAUACACUGCAUCUCAACUCCAUCUCCUCGCUUGCAACCCAGGAUCUUCGUCGUUUAUUACACCAAGAUCUCGAUCGCCACACUGCCUGUUUUAUCUCAGAGUGCUCAGGAACUAGUCAGGUUUAGGGUUCGCAGACGAUCGUGCACCAACUCAUGCAGUUAAUGCAUCGGCUUCCAUUCCUCCCUAUAUAUAUUAUAACCCUGCGCAUGCACCUGCAGCAGCGCCACAGUCGUUCUUGUUGCCCUAUGUCAGAUUCCGAUGUUGAGGGAGAAGAAGAAGACCAGCAAGGGCAAGCAGAGGAUAGAGAUGAAGAAGAUAGAGAACGAGGAAGCCCGCUACAUUAGCUUCUCCAAGAGAAGGAAUGGGAUCUUUGGCAAGGCCAGUGAGCUCUCCACCCUGUGUGGCACAGACUUGGCCGUGCUCAUCUCGUCCCCCACGGGGAAGCUCCAUUCCUUCGGCAGCCCAAGCGUGGCCCUGGUCGUGGACCGGUUUCUUUCGACCGGGGUGGACCACUCCUCCGGUUCGGUUCACGAACAAUCGCGGCGGGGGCAAACGAUCCAGGACCUGAAUCAUCGGCUCAUGGAGCUGGCGCGCCGGCUCGAGGACGCAAAAGCCAAGAAGGCGGCGCUCCAGGAGCGGCUCGAGGCGGCGGCUCGGGGUCUGGAUUGCGAGCGGAUCGAUGAUUUGGAGGGGUUGGGUUUGGACGAGCUCGAUCGGCUUAUGGAGUCACUGGGCCGGCUCAAGGCCCGGGCCAAUGCCCGGACCGAGGAGAUCUUGACGGGCAUCUCUCCCGAGCCGACAACCGUCGAUCAUGUCGGUCCCUGGCGGCAUGGUGGAAUCUGCACCGUCCACUCCGAUUCGGACGGGUUGGGAGCUCAAUGCCCGUCGAACCCGGUUCUUGCCAUGACGAACCAAUUUGACUCGGCAGCACCGCGAUCGAACCCAUUGAUGGAGACUAUCGAUUUUUUAGAUAUUAAUGGCUUGUUUGAAGAAUUUUAA